AUGGCCUUUCUCAAGAGGUUCAAGGCCGCUCCACCGCCUACAGCGACAGAUGUGGUUCUAGAGGACAAGCCUCUCCCGGCUGCCCAAGAUCUCGAGAAACAUCGAGACGAGCUUUCUGUCUCCGAGUCCCUUCCGCAGACACAUAAUGAGAACAUCGAUCCAGAGCUUGAGAGAAGAGUUGUCAGAAAAAUGGAUUUUCGUAUCGUACCGCUCGUGUCAGCUUUGUAUAUUCUGUCCUUUCUCGAUCGCUCAAAUAUCGGGAAUGCUCGCAUAGCCGGCAUGCGAGAGGAAUUACAUUUGGUCGGCAAUCGCUAUCAGUGGCUGUUGACCAUCUUCUACAUAACUUACAUCCUGUUCGAAUGGCAAACUCUCAUGUGGAAGGUUGUGCCACCCCAUAUUUGGGCAAGCUUCGUUGUUUUUGGCUGGGGCCUGAUAGCUACCGCGCAAAGUGGUGUGCAUAGUUGGUCAGGAUUAAUGGCAUGUCGCUUCUUCCUUGGCAUUUCCGAAGCAGGGUUCGUGUAG